AUGUUCAAUAGUCAAAAGCCCAAAAAGUCCGUUGCUGGCAACAAAGGCCCAGCUGCUCCCGCACAACGCCCUCCGGCCGGACGUCCCCCAGCUGGCCGACCUGUCCAACCCGCCCAGAGGCCUGCCCAGCGGCCUGCUCAACGCCCAGCUGGCUAUCAACCAGUGACUGCUCCGAGACCAGUUGCAGGUGCUCCUGUUGUCGGAAGACAGCCUGCUCCGAAUCAUGGAAUGCAGAUGACCCAAAUGAAGAAACCACAGCAAGCUUCCCGCCCUCCAAACAAGAAACCAGCUCCUGUUCAAGGGCAUAAAGUUGGGCCACUGAAGGGUCAUGCUCCGCAAGGUGGUGGGCGGCCAGUCCAAGGCUACCAUCCCGGCCAUCCCCAGCAUGCUUACCCCCAACAAACCCACAAGAAGAGUUCGUCAAACAUGAAGUAUGCAGCUGGAGGUGCUGCCGCCGGUGCGGCUGGUGCAGGAGCAGCCGUGUACUUCCUGAAUAACGACUCGAACGAGCCCACCUACGUGAUCAACAACUACGACAACAGUCAGGGCACAGAGAACAUCACCUAUACUGAGUACAACCAAUCUCAAUCUCAGUAUAACCAAUACGAAGGUGACUAUCGGUAUGAUAGCGAUGGUGAUCGCCAAUACUCUCCAAACAGUCCGGAUGACGAUAAUCGCUACUACGAUAAUGAUCACGACCAGCAUGCUAAUGACACAAACUACGGUAACCAAUAUGACAGUGAUCAAGUGGAUAAAUCGUACGAUGCCACAAGGUACCAACAGCCAAGUGAUCAGCAAGACUAUGGCAAUGGAAACAACAAUGGUAAUGAUGGCAACGAUGACUGUUGUAGCUGCGACAAUUGCUGCGAAUGUGAUAACUGUUGCGACUGCGAUGGCUGUUGUGGGUGCUGCGGUGAUGACAAUGGCAAGGACGGUGGCGGUGGAUGCGUCGUAAUGUAA